AUUCUUUGAGUUUCAUCUCAUAAUAAUCUCUCAUCGUCAUAACUGCUUGUCUUUUUUGGUGGCUGUAAUAACACCAUUGUUACUGUAGGUGGCAGCAGCCGACUCGAAUCAAGUGACUGAAAGACGCAGAGGAAGAAAAUAGUCUCGCUUAAAGACCCCGAACAACAACAAAAACCUGGGUCAGUACUUUAUCGGUUUGAAAACGCAAAGUUAUUGCUGCUUUUUUAAAUGGGAGCAUAUAUAAUAAUUUAAAAAAAAAUGUUCAAUGAAAACUCUUCUGCGAGUGAAGCCGGUGAAGUCGCUUGUGGAGACGGAGAGGACAAUGUGCCCGUCUGUGAAUCAAAGGAGCGGGGCUUUAAUGCUGCUCAUGAGACCCCCUCUGCCAGGUUUCUGCAGGCUGAACUGGAGCUGAACGCUCACCUCCGUGGCCUCCGCUUCAGCGACCCUGUCCGGUACAUCUACAACCCGCUGGAGUACGCCUGGGACACCCACCGCUGCUAUGUGGAGAAGUACUGUCAGGCCGGACAAAAGAUCCUGUUUUUGGGGAUGAAUCCCGGACCUUUCGGAAUGGCUCAGACAGGGGUCCCAUUUGGUGAGGUGAAGUCAGUUGUCGACUGGCUGAAGAUCACAGGGGAGGUCGGCCGCCCACAAAAUGAGCACCCAAAGAGACGAAUCACGGGGCUCUCCUGCACUCAGAGCGAAGUGAGCGGCGCUCGUUUUUGGGGCUUCUUCAGAAAAUUGUGCGGUGACCCGGCGGUCUUCUUCCAGCACUGCUUUGUGCACAACCUGUGCCCGUUAAUCUUCAUGAGCGACAGCGGGAAGAAUUUAACACCCCCCGAGCUGCCCGCAGCUGAACGGGAGGCCCUGCUGCGCCUGUGUGACAUUGCACUGUGCCAGGUGGUGGAGGCACUGAACGUUUCCAUGGUGAUUGGUGUAGGAAAGGUGGCAGAGCAACGGGCACGGCGGGCCCUGUCUGCUGCAGGUGUCAAUGUGCGUGUUGAGGGCAUCAUGCAUCCAUCGCCCAGGAACCCGCUGGCUAAUAAGGGCUGGGAGGAUGUAGCUAAAGCCAAACUGCAGGAACUUGGUGUUCUAUCCCUUCUAAUUAAAACUUGCGCCAAUCAGUCAUGAUUAAUCUAUUCACUCCAACACCAGAUGAGGAUGUGUGGCAUUCCUGUGUAUCUUUCAGUUCCCAGAUGGCUUGGUGCACUGUUGAGAAGGGCACACUCACUAACCUCUUCAUGGCUCCAUCUGUGUGUCCAAACACAUGCUGGUAGCUCCAAGGAGAACCUGUAACACUACUGCUUUUCCACAUCUGUUACCACAAAUGCUGUAAACAACAUCUGCUCUGCAACUGCUUUUUCUUCUCUAAAGGUCUGUCUGCAUUACUUCAAGACGUCUUGUCUUGAUCCUGCUGUGAUCAGAAGCUGCAGCAUGGCUUUAAAAUAUGGAGCCUUAAAUAUUUCUAAUGACUGUACGGUGCUCAGGGUGUAUGUGUAUAUUCAAUAUUGUAUUUUUUUUUGUGUAUGACAAGUGCUACAUCUACAACUGAACCCUACAAUUAAAGUUCAUGUGGCCUUAUAUUAAUCAGCUAAUUAAGAUGUGACCUAUGAAUUUCCUAUAAAAGGACAGUGUUGAUGUGUUAAUAUCAACGAGGGUCACAAAAUUAGAUCGGAAUAGAAAAGACCAGAAUUUAGUGAAACAUUUAGCUGGCUACACAGACAGCUUUUUGUCAUGUUGCACAAAAAAUAUAUUCAUACAGGGCAGAAUCAAUCUGCGGCGCUCUUUAUGACAUGUUUUAUAGCUCUGUUUUAAAUUUUCGUUUAGCUUGGUAAUGUAUUUUAUGGGUCUGCACACUGAAUUUUCAGUUUUGUUUUUAUUUUACUAUUUAUUUUACAUUUUAUUUUACUGUUGAAAUAAAUACUGGCUGAUCAAAUCUGAUGCUGCAAAUGUAGCAGAUUUCAAAUGGUCGACUGCGUUGUGACAACAGACACAGACUGGCUGGAAACUGGAUUUAUUUCUAAAAGACAAAGUGCAGCAGCAAAAUCAGUGUCACACAGCAAUAGCAGGCCUCUCCUCAUUCCAGUGUGGAAUCCAUGCCGCUCUGCUUACAAUAUAUAAAAGAAAAUACAAUCUAUCAAAACAACAUCCACUUUAAAAUCAAAUGUUAUAGUGGGGUAAAACAGAGACAAAUAUGAAGCCACUAAUAAUAACUUGUAAUUUUUAAAUCCCCACUAAGAUGGAUCAAACACACAAUACAUAUUCAAACAACUUUAACUUUUCCCAACAUGGCUGAAAAUACUAUUCAGUGUGCAGCCUCAGGUCAUGAACUCAUUAUACGCAUAAAACAAAACCUAUACAUUUACACAUACCUAAAAGACAAAGUGCAGCAGCAAAAUCAGUGUCACACAGCAAUAGCAGGCCUCUCCUCAUUCCUGUGUAGCACAAGUAAGCAACACAUAAACGGAUGGUGUAACAGAUAAAACGCAGUUCCAAUUGCCAUUUUCCUCGUUCAAAGCAAUCAAAAACACUUUGGGAGCUUUUAGCCAUAAGAACUAAUACUUAGCAACG